AUGCACGGCAUGGAAAUAUCAACAUUAGAAUCAAGUCUACCAUACGAAUUGUUUGACUUUAUUUUUCUUUAUUUAAAAUCUAUUGAUAUUAUUUAUUCAUUUUUCAAUUUAAAUCAUCGUUUUAAUAACCUUAUUUAUCCAUUUUUAUGCGCAAUAGAUUUAUCCAAUGUCGAUGACUGUACCUUAAACAAGUAUUGUCGAAUAAUUUUACCAAAAAUUCAUCAUUAUAUCAAAGCAAUUAAAAUUGAUGAUAAAAAUCUUGAUUCUGUUUUUCCAUUAUGGUUGUAUUCAAAAAUAUACCCAAAUCUUGAAUCAGUUUUUAUAACGAAAGUUGAAAAGGAUGGUAAAUAUUUAUCAUAUUUAAAAUUAUUUAAACAAUUACUAAAUUUAAAAAUUUAUUUUGAUAUAGCAGAAAUUAAUGAAACUGUAUCAAAUGAAUUAUGUUUAAAUCUAUUUCAAUCUGAUUGUCGACUACAAACAUUAUUUUUUGAUAAUGUUUACGUACCCAUCAAUACUCAUAUCAU